AACGACACAGAUCUCUUCCCUUAAACCGUGAGUUUUCUCUGAGGACGUCCCGUGCAGAGAUGGCUGAGCAGUUCGCAGCAGUGGAGGACUAUCUGACCUGUGCUGUGUGUCUGGAGACCUUUAAAGAGCCGGUGACUCUGGGCUGUAACCACAGCUUCUGCUCCGACUGUCUUCAUGGAUACUGGGACCAGAACCAGACCAGGAACUGCCCCGUCUGCAGGAGGAAGUCUUCUAAAGGCCGUAUUAUUGUAAACUUUGCCUUAAAGGAGCUGUGUGUCUCUUUCACUGACAAACUGAAGUCUAAGGACAGAGCUUCAGUCUGCAGCACACACCCAGAGGUCCCCCCUCUGUUCUGCAUAGACGAGGCCCGGCUCCUGUGUCCUCUGUGUGAGUUCUCUCUUCACAGAGACCACACGGUGGUGCCUGUGGAGCAGGCAGAGAGGGAGCUGAAGGAGCAGCUCCAGUCUCAGGUGGAGGCUCUGAGGAAGAACAGAGCAGAGGCCCAGGCUCUGGAGCAGAUCUACAGAGACACACAGCGGCACGCUCACAGACAGGCUGAGCUCUGUGAGAGGAACAUCAGAGCAGAGUUUCAACGCUUACACAUGUUCCUCAAGGAGGAGGAGGAGCUCCGACUCUCCUCACUCAGGGAGGAGCAGAGCAGACAAGCCCAGAGCAUGACCUCUCAGCUGGACAGGCUCAAGGAGACACUGGCCUCUCUGGAGCAGAACAUCCAGGAGCUGGAGAAGCAGCUGGAGAAGAAAGCAGAGGACUUCCUCCUCUCCUACAGCCCAGCACAGAGCCCCAAAGAGCCCCCAGGCCCCCUCCCUCCUCUGGGGCCUGGACUGCUCCUAAACCAGGCCAAAGUCCUGGGAAACCUGGCCUUCAGCGUCUGGAGGAAGAUGGGACAGAAGGUCGAGUACAGUCCUGUGGUUCUGGACCCAAACACUGCAAACCCACAUCUCAGUCUGUCAGACAAUCUGACCUCUGUGACCUGGACAGAGACUCCUCUCCAGGUCCCUGAGAAUCCAGAGAGAUUCUGUAAAUAUCCUGUAGUUCUGGGCUCUGUUGGUUUCAGCUCUGGGAGACACCACUGGGACGUGGAGGUGGGGGACCACAGUCGCUGGAUUAUAGGUGUGACUAAAGAGUCAGUCAACAGGAAAACAGAGAUGCCUUUUAACACAGACUCUGGAUGUUUUCUUUUAGCACACUUAACUGGCAAAUACAUCACUGAUUCUGGUGAGGUGAAAUUAAAACAAAACCCCCAUAAAGUCCGGGUCCAGUUGAACUGUGACAGUGGGACAUUUUCCUUCUAUGACUCCAGAGACAUGUCUCUUAUUUACAUUUAUAAAAACAUUCCCAAAGAGAAACUGUUCCCAUGUUUUUGUUUGGGACGCCCUGAUGCAGAGUGUAAAACCAACAACAUCAGGAUCUGUGCCACGACUAAACCAGGACUAAACCAGGACUAAACCAGGACUAAACCAGGACUAAACCAGGUCUAAACCAGGACUAAACCAGGACUAAACCAGGACUAAACCAGGACUAAACCAGGACUAAACCAGAACUAAACCAGGACUAAAGCAGGAUGUUUCUUGUCCUGCUCAGUCCUGUAUAACCUGCUCUUUUCUUAUUCUCUCUAUGUUUUUACUGCACGUUUGAAAAUCUGUUAUUGAUUAAUCGACAGUGUCCAAGAUCAACAAUUUAAGGCAAUUCAGGUUUAAAAGAGUUUUUGUUGUUGUUGUUUGUUUCUUUUUUUAAAGGUGCACUGUGUACUUUUUAAGAGUCUGGAAAAUGUCCCACAGUGUAGCAUAAAACAUAUUAAAACAUAUCCAUGGAGACAAACAGCUGAACUCACCAAACCAAGUAUUUUAGUCGACGAAAACGUCUGUAACUGAAUAAAUACAUGAAAGAUGCACAAGUUUAAUGCCAUACUGUGGGACAUUUGACACAUUUUCAUGAGUCGACCCAAGUGACAAACACAACAAAUCAGAAAAUUUACACAGUGCAACUUGAAAUGUUCAAAAAUUGUCUUGGGAAAAGUAGCUCCGACAUUAUAUUUGUAAGAAUUGUCUUGUUUUAUGGAGACACAGUUUCAGUUGUGGUCGUCUGGUUUUUGAGACGAUCCGGCUCCGUCCAGAACAUUUUACACUGAUGGAACUGUCUGGAAACACUGGGACUUUGAUCCUACUCUGAGAUACAAAGUCCAGCCCCAAAGGAGGAGUUUUAGAGACUGGCUAGACCUACACCUCCUUUGUUUGCUUUGGGUCUGAGGAUGGAGUUAUAGAUGUGGGACGGGUGAUGUCUGAGGCCCCCAUUCCUGUUCAAGGAAGGAUUGUCUUUCCUAACAAAAAAAUGCUUCUUUAACUCUCCUCUCAAACCAUUUCUUUCCUGUGGCUCAGAUCUGAACUUCACUCUCUUCAAAGGAGGUGAGUGUCUUUGAGAUGCAGAUGAACAGCAGACUGUGGUCCUGAGCUGCUCUUGCUGCUCAGGACCACAAUGUUUGUUUUUAAAGCUCUUCAUGGUCUUGCACCUUUAUAUCUUUGUGAGCUGUUAACGGCUCAUACGCCCAACAGAGCUCUGCGGUCGGCCAGUCCACACCUGCUGGACGUCCCCAGAACCAAAAGGAAACAGUGGGGUGACCGUUCAUUUUCUGUGGCUGGUCCCAGACUUUGGAACUCUUUACCCCUAGAGUUAGGCUCAGUCACUACUUUGUCUCUGUUCAAAGCCAAAGCUAAAGACUCAUUUGUUCACGAUUGCCUUCAGCUAAUGACUCUUUUUUUUAAAAUUGUUUGUUGUUUUGUAUAUAGAAUUUUUGUUGCUGUUGUUUUUACAUUUUAAUGCACUUAUGA